AUGGCCAAUUCUUUGAGGAAGGUAGUGUCAAGUGUAAUCCUUGACUUGGAUGGUACACUUCUAAACACAGAUGGCAUUGUAAGUGAUGUUUUAAAAGUUUAUUUGGUUAAGUAUGGGAAGCAAUGGGAGGGAAAAACAGCUCAAAGAAUUGUAGGAAAGACACCUUCAGAGGCUGCAGCUGCAAUUGUGGAAGAUUAUGAGCUUCCCAUACCAACGGAUACACUUAUGUCAGAAAUUUAUCCACUGUUCUGUGAUCAAUGGGGCAGUAUCAAAGCCCUUCCCGGUGCCAAUCGGUUAAUCAAACAUUUGAGGGGCCAUGGCGUCAAAAUGGCAUUGGCUUCAAAUUCCCCUAGGGCAAACAUUGAGGACAAGAUAUCUUACCAUCCUGGCUGGAAAGAAUCCUUCUCUGUCAUCAUUGGCGGUGACCAAGUAACUGCAGGAAAGCCAUCUCCUGAAAUAUUCCUUGAAGCAGCUAAAAGGUUGAACAGUGAUCCUUCCAGCUGUCUUGUCAUUGAAGAUUCAAUACCAGGUGUUAUGGCUGGUAAGGCUGCUGGAAUUGAAGUGGUUGCUGUACCAUCUCUUCCAAAACAAUCCCAUCUUUACACUUCGGCGGAUGAGGUGAUCAACUCUCUUCUUGAUUUGCGACCUGAAAAGUGGGGCCUGCCUCCAUUUCAAGAUUGGAUAGAGGGUACUUUACCAAUAGAACCAUGGCAUGUUGGCGGUCCUGUUAUUAAAGGAUUUGGUCGUGGGUCAAAGGUGCUUGGAAUCCCUACAGCUAAUUUGUCCACAGAAGGGUAUUCUACUCUCCUUUCAGAACAUUCCUCGGGGGUCUAUUUUGGUUGGGCUGGAUUAUCAACACGAGGUGUUUACAAGAUGGUCAUGAGUAUUGGCUGGAAUCUAUAUUUUGACAACACUGAGAAGACCAUAGAGCCGUGGUUGCUUCAUGACUUUAAUGAGGAUUUCUAUGGAGAAGAAUUACGUCUUGUUAUUGUAGGCUAUAUACGGCCUGAGGCCAAUUUCCCAUCCCUUGAAAGCCUGAUUGCAAAAAUUCAUGAGGACAGGGAAAUUGCAGAGAGAGCUCUUGAACUUCCUUUAUACUCGAAGUGCAGGGACGACCCGUAUCUGAAAAGUGCUUUGCCUGUGGGUGACAGUCAUUUAUAG